AUGAAGCGAGGAAGGAAAGAAGCAAGGAAGGAAGGAAGUCGGGAAGGAAGGAAGCGAGGAAGCAAGGAAGGGAGGAAGCAAGGAAAGGAGGAAGCAAGGAAGGAAGGAUGCGAGGAAGGAAGUAAGCGAGGAAGCAAGGAAGGAAGGAAGGAAGGAAGUAAGCGAGGAAGCAAGGAAGGAAGGAAGCAAGGAAGGAACGAAGCGAGGAAGGAAGGAUGCGAGGAAGCGAAGAAGGAAGGAAGUGAGGAAGCAAGGAAGAAGGAAGCGAGGAAGGAAAGAUGCGAGGACGGAAGGAAGCAAGAAAAGAAGAGGCGAGGGAGGAAGGAAGCGAGGACGCAAGGAGGGAAGGAAGGAAGCGAUGAAAGAGAGAAGCGAGGAAGCAAGGAAGGAAUGAAUCGAGGAAGAAAGAAAGCGAGGAAGCAAGGUGGGAAGCAAGCGAGAAAGGAAAGAUGCGAGGAAGGAAGGAAGCAAGAUAAAAAAAGCCGAGGAAGAAAGGAAGGUAUGAAGCGAGGAAGGAAAGAAGCAAGGAAGGAAGGAAGCCGGGAAGGAAGGAAGCGAGGAAGCAAGGAAGGGAGGAAGCAAGGAAAGGAGGAAGCAAGGAAGGAAGGAUGCGAGUAAGGAAGGAAGCGAGGAAGCAAGGAAGGAAGGAAGCGAGGAAGCAAGGUAGGAAGGAAGCGAGGAAGGAAAGAUGCGAGGACGGAAGGAAGCAAGAAAAGAAGAGGCGAGGGAGGAAGGAAGCGAGGACGCAAGGAGGGAAGGAAGGAAGCGAUGAAAGAGAGAAGCGAGGAAGCAAGGAAGGAAUGAAUCGAGGAAGAAAGAAAGCGAGGAAGCAAGGUGGGAAGCAAGCGAGAAAGGAAAGAUGCGAGGAAGGAAGGAAGCAAGAUAAAAAAAGCCGAGGAAGAAAGGAAGGUAUGAAGCGAGGAAGGAAAGAAGCAAGGAAGGAAGGAAGCCGGGAAGGAAGGAAGCGAGGAAGCAAGGAAGGGAGGAAGCAAGGAAAGGAGGAAGCAAGGAAGGAAGGAUGCGAGGAAGGAAGUAAGCGAGGAAGCAAGGAAGGAAGGAAGGAAGGAAGUAAGCGAGGAAGCAAGGAAGGAAGGAAGCAAGGAAGGAACGAAGCGAGGAAGGAAGGAUGCGAGGAAGCGAAGAAGGAAGGAAGUGAGGAAGCAAGGAAGGGAGGAAGCGAGGAAGGGAGGGUGCAAGAAAGGAAGGAAGGAAGCAAGGAUGGAAAGAAGGAAGCGAGGAAGGAAGGAAGGAUGCAAGAAUGCGAGGAAGCAAGGAAGGGGGAAGGAAGGAAGCGAGGAGGGAAGCAUGGAAGGAAGCAAUAA